AUGUCUCCAUCAGCCACCGGCAGCGAGCCUCCGAGGGCAAAGAAGUCCUGUUUCAGUUGUCGAACCCUCAAAAUCGCCUGCGACAGAGUCUUGCCUGCGUGCACAGCCUGCAGGACGCGUGGCAAGACGUGCUCCGGCUACAAUGAGAACCUCUCAUGGCCGCGGAAAGGGGAUAAACGACGCGCCGUUACGGCCAAUGUGCGCAGCCGGGGCAGCUACCGAGCGAAUCCAGCGGUUUUUCUGAAUACGUCCAGCUGGGACGUGGGCUUGUAUCGCGAGCAUGUCGAUACAGGAGGGCAUAUUGGGCAUAUGGGAGUUUGGACGCCGCCGAUAUCACCAAGCAACUCAUUAUGGUCUACCAAGCUUGGAUUCUAUGGACCUCAGUUGCCCUCGGCAAUCCGCCUCGUCACGACAGGCACGUUUCAUGACGAUGUGUGCGGCCUCUUAUACCGCAUGUCAAUUGGCGAAAAUAGCGUACACGCCAUGUCUCUACGCCAUUCCAUGAAUGCAAUAUCACUACUUUCCCUGCACAAGACGAACGAGGCACUCAAGUACAAGAUCCUUGCCAUAUCAAAUCUCAAAAGCGCCAUCAUGCAGGGCCUGGAUAACCGAUCUCGGCCACAGGCCAUUGCCGCCAGUCUACUGUUGACCUUGUACGAGGUCCUCAGUCAGAGCGGCAAGACCAAUGACUGGUCCGUAUACUUUGACGGCUGCAUGAAGAUUGUCAACUCUGGCUUUGAUAUCCAUCGCAAAUACGCAGGAGACUGUGCCAUCCUGCUAAAUUGGGUCCGCUAUCACAAGGUGCUGUACAAAUUCAGCAUCAAGCAUUGGCAGCAACGGACUCCGCAGAUGGAGGUCAUGGCCAAGUCGGAAGUUCUUGUGGCAGAUUCAGCAUACGAUAUCGACCUGAUAACGAUGCACAACAUGCUGGGCUGCUCACCCCAGGUACUGGAUUUUCUGAGCGAAGCAAUGGACCUCGUCAAGAAUCGAGAUGACCCCAGCUAUCUAUCCAUCAGACGCCUGCGCGCCAUCAAUGAACUUGAGCUACGUCUCAAGGACAUCGACGACUUGCGUGACUGCUUUGACGUGGAAAAGGACGGCGUCACCAUAAGCAAGGCUGCGGAAAGCAUGAAUGAUCGCUUGUUCCAGUUCGCUCUCAUAAUCUACGUCGACAGAGUCGUCAAAGGCGCCUUCAUGUCUUCGACAGCCGCCCGAAGCGCCGCCGCCAAGGCAUUUGCCCUCUUGGAGAAGAUCCGGUUAUAUGACAGACCAUUCCCCCUCUUCAUUCUCUCCAUCCAGGCAGAGACUGACGAGCAACGUCUACUCAUUAUGAAUACCAUACAGCGAACAACGGAAGCAAGGCCGAUGAAUAAUCUCGGAUCGACGGAGGAAAUGAUUAAGAAACUCUGGGCUCAGCAGGACUUGCAGGGGCCGGAGCAAGCUGAUGCUCUUUUCCUGCUGAAUGCUGUGAUAAGCGCCAGCAGUAUGCCGCCGACGUUUACUUCGCCUUUUGUCAUCAAUGCCAUUACUGGUGCGCAUGCUGUGCCGUUCUUGUCCAUUUGA